AUGUUUGGCGGGACUGUCAAGUCAACGCCAGUUUGGCGCGUAUCUAGCGGGAAGAACAAGGCGCUGAAGGGUUCCUACCGGUCCUCACCACUCGGUAUGCUGAUCAUCUAUGAUCUUUUUCAUUCUACACGGCGUGUGGGAGAACAUCAGAUCGAGAUCGUCUCUCGUUGUGAUCGCAUCAGUUUUCGGCUUCGAUUUUUUAUCGCUCCGAACGAGGUUGCGUCCAAACAGUUUUUAAUGUUUCGCGUUUUAUUCGAUGUUACCGGCUGGAAAGAAGACACAGACAGAGGAUAA